AUGAUUGUCGACAUUGCCCUUAUUGCCAGUCUAGCGAUUGCUUCAGUGGCUGCUCAUGCGUCUGGCGAUAUUGUCAAGUCCAAUGCACUCUCUAGUGUAAAAUCUUCCAGCCAUCGUGCUGCCGUCAAUCCAACAAUGUCCUAUACUUUGGGUGCUCCAUUGUUGACUGGAUCAAUGUCCAUCUAUUAUAUCUACUAUGGUACUUGGAGUGCUGCUCAAAAAUCCAUUAUUGAAGAUUUCACCAAUGGGCUUGGACAGUCUACGUGGUGGGGCGUACUCAAGGGUUACUAUUCUCAACAAACCACCUCUGGUCAAAAAACAUUUGUAAGCGGAGCCUGUGCGCUUGGUGGAACUGUCAGCGACAACUAUACGCUUGGAAAGUCGCUCUCUGGAACCAAUAUUCCCGAUCUUAUCAAUACAUAUGUUGGAUCGGGUGCACUCCCAGACGACCCAAAUGGCGUGUACGUUGUAUUGACUGCUCCCGAUGUCAGCGAGUCUGUGCGUGCUGAUGCAAGCAAUACUGGCACCUUUUGCAAAGACUACUGUGGCUAUCACUUGACCACCACUCUUGCUUCAGGCUCCCGUGUGCCCUAUGCUAUGGUUGGAAACCCAAGUGUCUCGUGCAUGAACGGCUGUGGUCCUUCACAAAAUGCAAAUGCGUCACCUAACGGUGAUGCUGGUGUUGAUGCUAUGCUUAAUACUGUAGCUGGACAGAUUGCCUCGGCUGUCAUCAACCCUCAAUCCGAUGGUAUUCGCGCCUGGCAGGAUGCUAAUGGAUUUGAAGGAAGCGAUCUUUGCUCCUUCUCAUUUGGAACAACAGCCAAGACUGCUAACGGAGGUACCUACAACUUGGGAUGGGCAAACCGCAAUUUCCUCAUCCAGCAAAACUGGGAUUUAACAUCACAGUCCUGCAUUUCUGGUGGUACUGGUACUCCACCACCAAUUCCAAGUUCUAGUACCACUACCGUAACUACCACUACCGUAGCUACUACUGCUGUAUCUACUACCGAUGGAUCUACUACUGCUCUACCCACUACUGAUGUAACUACUACUGCUGUAUCUACUACUGAUGGAUCUACUACUGCUCUACCCACUAUUGACGAAUCUAGUACUACACGCACCACCACUGCUCGUACCACUAAACGUACUACUACUGCACGCACCACUACUAAACGUACUACUACUGCACGCACCACUACUAAACGUACUACUACUGCACGCACCACUACUAAACGUACUACUACUGCGCGUACCACUACUAAACGUACUACUGCUGUACCUACUCCAACUACCGGUUGUGAUUUCCACGACAUUUGCUGCCUCUAUGUUGGUCAUAACUGCGACUAUUGGCAAUGA